AUGGAUUUUAAUUCUCAGCUCUUCAUCACCACCAUCGCAACCAUCACCACCGUCAUUUUCGUAAUUUGCGGUGUCAAAUUACGGUGGUUCCGCCCCGACAACCGCUUACCGCCGCCGUUCACCAUCGUCGACCACGACGGAGACAGUUGCUGCGCCGUUUGCCUGAACGACGUAGUCGGCGGCGAGGAUUGCCGGAAACUGCCGAAAUGCGGCCAUGUUUUUCACCUGGUGUGUGUUGACAAGUGGCUAGAGUGCAAUUGGACGUGCCCAAUUUGUAGAAGGCAAGUUACUGAUGACCUUCCUAAACGGGAAGGUGAAAAUACGAUUUUGUCUUCUCUAAUAUCUAAAGGUGAAGAUUUUAUGGUUAAGAUUUUUAGUCCUUUUACGGAAGAACUCAUGAUGGUCUUGAUCGAGAGCGUAGUUUUGCCGCGUGUGCAAUAG